AUGGUAAUAUUUUACAUUCUUAUCUUCCACUCUCUCUGUCUUUGCCUGUGUCUCUGUCUCUCUCUCUCUUUGCAGGCCUCUGCCUCCCAGCACGACACAGCCAUGCUCAUCUCAGAGGGGUCGCCCAGCACCCUAGGGGUCGUCCUCGCCACCGCGGCAACGACAGUCGAGUGGGACGUGGAUAUGACGGCAUGGAGCGAGGCCAAGUUCGAGGAGAGGUGCACGUACACGGUGAAGGACCAGCUGUUGGACAGUGACCCCGAGGGGGACAAGGACAGGACCCAAGCAGAGAGGUCUCUACCGAGGAACUUGGCCUUCAAGCGAUGUCCCGAGUCCACAGAAGUGCUUGGAGUGACCAGCAUUGAGCUUAUUCCAAAGGGGACACGAUUCGGCCCCCUGGUUGGGCAGAGCUACACCAAUGAAACGGUCCCCAAGAAUGCAAACAGGAAGUACUUUUGGAGGGUUUUCUCCGAAGGCCGAUUGCAUCACAUCCUGGACGGCUUGGAUGAGGACAGGAGCAACUGGAUGCGGUAUGUCAACCCAGCGUGUCGUCCGGAAGAGCAGAACCUGGCAGCAUGCCAGACUGGCAUGGCCAUCUACUUCUACACCGUACAGCCCGUGUGCCCAGGCCAGGAGCUGCUGGUGUGGUACUGCCCAGAGUUUGCACAACGCCUCAACUGCCUUCCACCCCCAGGACGGCUGGUGACGGAGAGGAUGGGGCAGAGUGGGAGUCAGGAAAAGACCUCAGAGAAGAGAGGAUACAGUGUGUCGGAAAUCCUCAGGAAGGAGCCCACCAAGCAUCAUCCCACCUCCAGCCCCCUAAGGCCCACCAGCCCCCCAUCCCGGCACCCUGUCUUCCCUCUGUGUCCUCAGGUGGUCUACCCCAUCCACCCCUGCGUCGACCUCCUCGAUCAUCCCAGCUACAAACCUGUCAGAUACUGUGGCCCUUCAACCCCCAGUAGACCAGCAAGUGGUCCUGUAGCACCCCAUAUCCACUUCCCUGUCAAGCAUAACCUGGGUUCUCUUGCCAUGGGCAAACAUUACCCAGAGUCCUCUCUGUCUGGUCAAUCAAACACAGGUCUACGGCAUGCACCCUACCUCAUUCCUCCCUACCCACAAAGCCUCAACAACAUCCUACCUCAACCAUACUCCUUCUUCAGUGAUAGACUUCAAUCCCAUCUUCCACAUCCCUUACUUUCUUUUGAAGGUUAUCUGCAUUUCCCCCCUCCCCCAGCCAGUGAGCAUACACCCCUGGCACUUCCUGUAGCAUUGACCACUAGCAACAAAGGCAGCACUUGCACUCUGACAAAUAGAGGCAAAGAUUUCGAAGACUUCACAACUUCAACUAAUAUCUACCUCAGAAACCCACUUGUUAGGAUAGAGGACAGCUACAGGGACCUGAAGCAUUCCCCAUCCUUCCCUUACGAGGAUCUCUCUCCUCCAACUACCUCCGGUGCCUCAUCCGUGGCCACCUCCCUCAGGGAUGUAUCGUCCCCUCUCACACCCAGCGGAGGUUCACCUGCGAUGGGCUUGGCUGUCUCAGUCCGCCUGCCCUCCAAGUCCACCUCUGCUAUUCUGAGGUCCGGCCAUCUAGCUGGGGGGGCAGUAGAUCUCCGCAAGGUCAAGCGAGGGCGGGUCAUCGGAUACAAGACCCUCCCCUAUCCCCUCAGCAGGCAGAAUGGAAAGAUCCGGUACGAGUGCAACAUCUGUGGCAAGAUCUUCGGGCAGCUGUCAAACCUCAAGGUGCACCUGCGCGUGCAUAGUGGCGAGCGCCCCUUCCGAUGUCAGACCUGCAGUAAGGACUUCACUCAGCUGGCUCACCUGCAGAAACAUUUCCUGGUUCACACUGGAGAGAAGCCACAUGAGUGCCAGGUGUGCCACAAGCGUUUCAGCAGCACCAGCAAUCUCAAGACCCACCAGCGACUCCACUCUGGGGAGAGGCCCUACCUGUGCAAGCUGUGUCCGGCACGCUUCACCCAGUUUGUCCAUCUGAAGCUCCACAAACGCCUCCACAGUGGGGAGCGCCCUCACCACUGCCAGCACUGCUACCGCUCCUACCUCCACCGCUGCAGUCUCCAGGUACAUCUCCAGGGCUUCUGUCCAGCCCCGGCCCCCUCCUCAAACCUUCCCCAUGGCCUCUUGCAGGAAGAGCUCCACCGCGUCAAUGCAGAGAUCGACAGGUUCGACCUGAGCGAGGCCGCGGAGCGCCUGGAGACUAUGGCGGUCGAAGCAGAGAUUGAGAAGGGGAGCAUCGGCACUCUGAUUCGGGAAACGGAGCUGGUGACCUCCAGCCACCAGGGCUGCACUGGCGAGACGCUGUCUUUAGAACAUAACGGCUACGAAGUAGCGAGGAAAUCGUUGGUCCUCAGGCUGCAUCACAGCGGCACUCUACCUCAUGAUCCGACCAACAUCAAACAAGAGAAAGGCUGUAGCUCAGAGGUGUGAAAUACUGCUCAUGUCACCCAUCAUCUGUAAUCUCUGGGAGUUAGCUGACCUAUUUGAAGAACACCUCCUUUAGAGCCCUCUCAUCUCUGGACAAUGUUAAGGAGUGGGCCUUUGCAACAAGAACCCGAACCCAAUAACAUAAAUGUGUCUAUGCAUAUUAAUCAUACAUAUCCCUUACCCUAAUUUAUUAUGCCAUUUUGUUGUAAUUUAAGGAAUCCACAGCAGGUGAACUGUGGACUGGGAGGUCCAAUAUUUUGAACAGGGUUUACUAAGUUUCCUAAUAUCUAUUUGUAUUUAAUUCCCAUGUGGAGUAACUGGAGAGAUGUGAUUUUAGUGCAUAAAAAAUUAUGUGCCUUACUUUAUAUUUAUCUUUGCGAAUGUGUUACAGUUUUUCUCCAUUGCUUUGGCUCAAUUCUUGAAACAGAAAUGACAUUCUCAAAGCUCUAAGUGCAUCUGGUAAAAUAGCCAAUAUGGUUCAGCACAAAUACAUAGAUCACCUUCAAAAGGUCAUAUCUCACCCAAAACAGUUAACUCAUGCUUCAAAACCAAAUCAUUUUCUCAUAUAAAUAGUCAGUGCCCCCAAAAUGAAAAGUUCCUUCUCGAUUGCUUUGGCCCAUCUCUCGAGAAAAAAGAGGACAUUCUCAAAGCUUUAAAUACAUUUGCCAAAAUAACCUAGAUGGUUCAGCAAAACACCAUGGCACACCUGCAAAGGGUCAUCUUUCUCCUAAAACAGACAACUCAUCAGUCAAAACUAAAUCCUUUUCUCAUAGAAAUAGUCAGUGCCCCCAAAAUGAAAAGUCCCUUUGGCAUUGUGUAAACACUGCAGGUCAAAAUGAUUAGAUGUUUUGUCAGUAUGGCAGUGGACCUUAAAAAUAUCCCUCAUGUGCACUGUGCUACAGUUACUGUAGUAGAUGUUUUCUUUCCAGAAUACUAUGUGUCUUCAAUCUACCCAGACGCUUCCAUGUUACCCCGCUCCUCAUCUCCCUCCACUGGCUUCCAAUCACGGCCGGUAUCAGAUUCAAGACCCUGGUACUGACCUUCCGAGUGGUGAACGGGAUUGCACCCGACUACAUCAAGUCUCUCCUCCAGCCUUGCACCCCCACCCGCCACCUACGGUCUUUUUCUGACAACCGUCUGGUGGUCCCACCUCUCAAGAGCGCCCGCUCCCAACCCAAGCUCUUCUCCUGUCUGGCCGCCCAAUGGUGGAAUCACCUCCCCACCUCCACCUUCAAGAACUAUGUUUCUUCCCAUUGGCACAUAUUUGCUUUUCACAAUGUAUGCUUCAUGUUUUGGCUACCCACAAUGUUUUUGGGGCUACCUCAUUGUUUAUGAUCAUUGACCUUAUGCACUUUUGUAAAGUUCUCUCUUGGAAGUCGCUUUGGAUAAAAGCAUCUGCUAAAUGAAUAAAUAUAAAAUGUAAAUGUGUAUCAAACAGAAAAAAUAUUACAGUAAUUCAAGAGUAGCCUACAAGGUUUCACAUCACAUAUUGCACUCACACUGCUUUGGAAAUUGUUACAGUAAUUGCCAUACAUUGUGGUUACUGUAAAAUGAAAUGUUUACAGCACAAUAUAAUGUCAUACAAUAAGCACAUCAAAACUAACAUUAUGUAUAACCUACACUACCAACACAUACAGUAAGAAAGUAAAGCAAAGCUGGAGUUUCACUAGUUGUCGUCCUCACUUUCCUGCUCAUCCUCACGCUCCUGUCUGUCUGGCCACA